AUGAUCUUGGCCUUCCUCCUCUUCUGCAGUUUAAACUAUGUUUUCGCCGCUCCAGUAACACAACCAAACAAUGCCGACAUCGAUUUGGACGACCCUUCUAUUAUAUUAUUUCCUGCGACUGUCGGCUGGGUUGGCGAUCCCGAUGGCAGGGGCACGUUUAGUCUUGUCAGUAGCUGUGUUAUCACAUUAACCCUCUGUGUCUGGUCGGCAUUACACCUGAACGUCCCGCCCGAAGGAACUUCAUUGCAAAAAGCGGCAUUUACGCGGGCAAAAUGGGUUGUGUUCGGGAUAUUUGCACCAGAAUUGUUGGUCGCUACUGCUUCGGCCCAGUACCUUACGGCACGAUGGCUCUACAAGGAAAUCAAAAAGGAUGCGAAACAUCGGGAACAGCUUCUGGAUAUGGCCAACCCACCCCGCGAACCCACUUGGACGAUGAUGCAGUGUUUCUUCGCAACAAUGGGUGGUGUCGCCGUCCAGACCCGCGCUAGCACCUUCAAUGGUUCACCACGCAUAACCUUUUCCGCAGAGGGUGUACGGAUGCUCUCUUUCCUCAAUCGCCUCCCUAUAACCGAUGACCGCGAAAUUCGUGAUAAAAGUAAAGGCGACUGGCUUGCGAAAUCCCUCGUGUGCAUUCAAGCAUGCUAUAUAAUAGUCCAAGCUAUCUCACGGCUGGCGGCACGAAUGCCUAUAUCCUUACUUGAGGUUAACACGAUCGGACAUGUUAUCUGUGCCCUGACGUUGUAUUUAUUAUGGUGGAAUAAGCCGCUAGAACUGGAUCACCCGCAAAUCCUACCUUAUGAGCAGGCCCUGGAACCAGUAAUCUCGCUGAUGUAUAUGUGCUCACCCAUCAGCGAGGCAAUGGGUGUGUCGGAGAUACGGUGUAUGGCGUAUAAGGACCCUGCGAGGAUAUCGGCGGUGGAUAGCAAGGGAGAACCGUGUGAGGGCGUGGUACCGCAAUAUACCAAUUUCUCAGUUGGCUCAAGAGCAAGAUCGGACCCAAAAGCGUUCAUCGGCGUCCCUCCAGCGAAACGUGGCAUAACCCGCUCAGCUACCCGAUUUGACUACCAAAUAUCGGAAAAACACACCGAAGUCUCACCCGCCCAUCGAUGCUUCAUGGAGCUACAAAGUCCGACCACGGUACUUCAACAUGCUCCACGCUAUUGUCGCUGGGCACAAUCGGAUAUUCACCACUCGCACCAACCGCCCGUUACAUCCUUCGAGCUCGAAAGGUGGCGGUUGGCAGGCACGGCUGCACAAGAGCUAUACGAAGAAUGUAAGCUCCGCGAUGGAUAUGUGAACUAUUACUUUACUACCUCAUCGCUUGGUGUCUUUCUUGGGGAAACAUAUUAUCUUGAUACGCAUAUCAGAAACUUUUCGGGAUUGUCGUAUCUAGGGCACGUGAAUGUCCAUCGAGAUCAUCUGAAAAGCAUCCUCGCAUUUACCGCAGCCGCAUACGGUGGACUACACGUCGCAGCAUGGAAGGAGCAUUUCCCGACGGAGCUUGAGAGAAUAUUAUGGCUGAUCAGCGCAGUAUUUAUAAGCUGCUCUGGCGUCUUAUCUUUUCUGGUAUUUUUAGCGAAGCAGAAGAGUAAAGCGUUUGAUAGGUGGAUUGGCGGGUUUACGGUACAAGGUAGCUGGAUGUUCUGGAAGAGAAAGGAGGAUGUGAUGAAGGGAGAGAAACAAAGUGUCGGGAAGUGGUUGGCGCAGAUUGUAUUGGGGGCCUUAGUGGGGAUUGUGGUAAUGGCUUUUGGAUGUGCGAGGGUGUAUUUGGUGAUUGAGGCGUUUGUGAGCUUGAGGGAUGUGCCGAAGGAAGUUUAUGAUACGCCGAAUUGGACGAAUUUCUUUCCGCAUUUUUAG